UAACUGACGUCGAUUUGCCUACCAGGAAAGAGCACUUCCAUCCCACUGAUGACUCUGUCACUCUGGCAGCUCAUCGAUUUGCAACACUUGGCAGGGCACAGAAGAAAAGAAAGUCUAUAUAUGGGAUUCUGAAUAAUUUUGGAAUUCUAGCUUUCUUGAUAGUCAUGUUUUCACUUGUGGACUGGUGUGCAUGGCGAAUUGUUAGAUUGCCCUUACCACCUUUUUAUUUGAUACGGCCUUUUGCAAUAUCCAUAGCUAUGGUGUGUUUUGUAGGAUAUAUGUGUUCCGUUGCUUCGUAGUUUGAGGCUUCAAUCUAUAAUUAGGAAUGGUCCAGCUCGACACUCUUAUAAAAGCAGAACCCCUACUAUGGGUGGCUUAUAUUUCAUUCCAAUUGGUAUAAUAGUUGCAGAAGUUAUAGUUGGCUUUUCUUCUAUUGAAGUUUCUGGAGCAGCGGCUGUUACUCUAGUGUUUGCAACCAUUGGACUCGUUGAUGAUCUAUUGAGUCUCAAAAAUAACAAUAAUGGUUUAUCUGCAAAGAUGAGAAUUUUGUUGGAGAUAGCUGCAACAACAUGCUUCUUAUGUUGGCUCUGUACUGCGGAUAUAUCAUCACCCUACAGCAUGAAAAUGCUGGUUCCAAUGCCAGCUCCACUUGGUCUUCUGUGCCUUGGAAAUUUUUAUCCAUUUUUAACUUCAUUUUGCUUUGUUUCAAUGGCGAAUGGAGUAAAUUUCACAGAUGGUCUUGAUGGAUUGGCUGGUGGGACUGCUGCAUUGGCUUUCACUGGGAUGUCAAUUGCUGUUCUUCCAAUAUGUGCCGAUCUUGCUGUGUUUGGAGCCUCAAUGGCCGGUGCCUGUGUGGGUUUUCUUUUUCACAAUCGGUACAAAGCAUCUAUAUAUAUGGGCAACACUGGAGCCUUGGCCUUGGGUGGAGCCCUUGCUGCCAUGGCUGCCUGUACAGGAAUGUUCUUUCCCUUAUUCAUUUCAUCAGGAAUUUUUUUCCUUGAGGUUUUGUCAGUUAUAAUGCAGGUUUCUUUCUUCAAGGCCAGCAAGCACUGGCGGGGAACUGGCUACCGUUUGUUUCGGAUGGCACCACUUCAUCAUCACCUAGAACUCUGUGGAAUAAAAGAACCAAUAAUAGUUGCUGGUGCAUAUGUUAUUUCAGCUGUGCUGGUCUUUUUGGCUGGAUACAUUGGUCUCAUUUCAGCAUAAGUUGAUGAAGCUUUCAGUCAUCUCCUCAAGUUCAUUUGGCUGCUGUCAGGUUUCUCUUUCAUUUUCGUGUUUGGUUGGACUUGCUAGUUGCUACCUCAAAUUCUUUGAAGGCGCCUAAUUUGAGUUCCUACAAUUUUUGAACAUGCCAUUACUGUCCCAAGGGAUUUAGGUAGAUGUUAAACAUUCUGAAUGAAGACACUAGGAAUGUGUGUGGCGUUAUGUGUCUAUGCUUGUCUUUUUCCAGAAAGUCGGAUGCGGAUGAGUGCACUCUUGGCUCAGAUUAUCAUACGUAGUAAAGAGUAAAUUGCAAAAACUCUAUACAACCAUUAAAUUAUUCGAA